ACUACUCAACGCAAUAACAAUCAUGUCUGGGGUUUGGGUUUUCAAGAAUGGUGUUAUUCGCCUCAUCGAAAAUCCGCAAGCCGAUUCCGACGGAAGGCUAGGGAACUCGAGGCGAUCGAAGGUAUUGAUACACUUACCAACCGGUCAGGCUGUCACAUCCUACCCUUCGUUAGAAAAUAUCCUCACAUCGUUAGGAUGGGAAAGGUAUUACGGAGGUGAUCCAGAACUCUUCCAGUUUCAUAAAAGCUCUUCCAUUGACCUAAUUUCUCUCCCUAGGGACUUUGCCAAGUUCAACUCGGUUCAUAUGUAUGACAUAGUCAUUAAAAAUCCUAAUCUCUUCCACGUCCGAGAUAUGUGAGUUUCAUAGCUUCAUGUCUUAUAUUAUCUGCCUCAUUAAUUCAAAGUCUUUAUGUCGACCAUUUUUAUCAUCUAUAUUCCUUCCUACCGUCCUUGGAUCUUGUAAGAAAAUGGUUGGUUCCACUAGCUAGUUAGGGUUUCCUCCAUCGUUUAUCUUAAAUAUUUGUGUAGUUUUGUGUGAUGUGUGCUAUAUUAUAUAAUAACAUUUCAUAGGAUUAAUGCGUUUGUAUCAUAUAUAUCAAUAAAAGAAUGGUAUGUUUCUUCGCUUUAAA